AUGGUGCAAUACCACAGAUUAAUCAAGAAAGGAGAAAAACUCAGAGUUGCAGUUCAACAAGGUUCUUCCGGUAAUGCCACCGGAGGCGGAGGAUACUUAAAGAGUGCAAAACAAAGGAUUCUAUCAAUCAUCUUUCUCUCUUUCCUCUGUUGCUGCUAUUUCUUCAGCUUCUCCUCUUUCUCUCUCAUUGAUGCUUUUAGCAAAGAAGUUGAAGGACUUGUUCCUUAUGAACAGUUCAUUGCACCUCUCUGUUCAGGACUGUCCUACGGAACAAUUUGUUGUGACAGAACCGGUUUUAGAUCCGACAUUUGCAUCAUGAAAGGAGACAUUAGAACACACUCCACUUCCUCAUCACUCUUCCUCUUCACUUCCUCCCAAAACAAGUCCAAAACCCCUGAGAAAAUCAAACCAUACACAAGAAAAUGGGAAACAAGUGUGAUGAAAACAGUUCAAGAACUCAAUCUCGUCUACAGAGAUCAACAUCACAACAACAUAUGCGAUGUAAAGUACCAUAACAUUCCCGCUGUGUUUUUCUCAACGGGUGGAUACACUGGAAACGUCUACCACGAGUUCAACGAAGGAAUCAUCCCUCUAUUCAUCACUUCACACCAUUUCAACAAGAAGGUUGUGUUUAUCAUCGUCGAGUAUCGUAACUGGUGGGUUAGUAAAUACAGAGAUAUCCUCUCUGAGCUCUCUGAUUACCCUCUUGUAGACUUCAAUAGCGAAAACAGAACGUUCUGUUUCAAAGAAGCUAUCGUAGGACUAAAGAUCCACAACGAGUUAAGUGUUGACCCAUCGUUAACCCUUGGAAACAAAACCAUUCUUGAUUUCAGAAACGUGUUGGACCGUGCUUACUGGCCACGUAUACGUGGACUGAUUCAAGAACCCGGUUUGAGUAAACCGAAACUAGUGAUUAUUUCAAGAAACGGUUCAAGAAAGGUACUUAACGAGAAUCUUCUUGUGGACUUAGCAGAGGAGAUUGGUUUCUUUGUCGAGGUUUUGAGACCGGACAAAACAACGGAGCUGGCGAAAAUCUACAGAUCUUUGAACUCUAGUGACGUCAUGAUCGGUGUACACGGGGCUGCGAUGACGCAUUUUCUUUUCUUGAAACCGAGAACCGUGUUUAUACAGAUCAUACCGUUAGGAACCGAGUGGGCUGCUGAGACUUACUAUGGAGAACCGGCCAAGAAGAUGAGGUUGAAUUACAUUGGUUACAAGAUUAAACCGGAAGAGAGCUCUUUGUAUGAUGAGUAUGGUGAAGAUGAUCCGAUAAUUAGAGAUCCAAGGAGUUUUACUAGAAAAGGUUGGGACUAUACUAAGAAGAUUUAUCUUGAACGCCAAAACGUAACGCUUGAUUUGAAAAGAUUCAGUAAACCGUUGUCUCGUGCUUACAAGUUCUCUAAACAGGUGGUUAAUAGUCACUGA